AUGGGGGAUUUAGAUUUAGGUGAUAUAAUAAAGACCGAACAAGCGCGAGAUCGACGUCAGAUUGACGCCUUAUAUGCCACACCCAAGCGAGAAGACAUGAUGGAGUUCAGCGAUAGCGAAGAGAUUGCGCGAGAAGAGCUCCGGGAGUUGAGAAUACAGGACUUUGACCACCAGAGACGGUUUGAACGGUUCCUGGCACUGAACGGGAUUAAGAGCAAAGUUGUGCGGCCUAGUGUGGGAUCCGCAGAGGCAGUGUCUUUGAGCGGGAAUAGCGAGCGCUACAAUCUGUUUCCGGAUUCUAGCGACGCCAGCGACAGAGACGAAGAUGAGGACGAUGUUUACAGUGUGCGGUUUGAAGACAACGCUCUCCAGUCGCUCGUUGUCACAGAGGCCAAUGUGCAAGAUCAGGACUUAUUCUAUGCCGAAAACCACAUGGCCUUCCCGCCCCAUGAUGAUGAUUUUGACGAAGACGUUCAAGUGGCCCAGGGAACUAGAAAUACAAUAGACAGCAACACCAUAUAUACCAGCGAAAGCCAUUACCCGCACGCGAUCAUCGGCGGCGAAGACUAUACAGUGCCCAAUACCCACAAGUCUCCGUGUCCGUUGAACUCGAACGAUACGUUUCAAAACUAUGAGAACCGGCCAGGCAACAAAAAGCUUCAAUCAGCAAUGGAUUUUGGAAGAACAGAUUCGCUUGAGUUUCCGAUCAAGUCGCAGCCCGCACAGAAGUUCGAGGACUCGUUGGAUAUUGCGUUUCAAGGGUUCAGAAAGAUGGAGUUUGCAAGGCCAGGGAAGUACAAAAACAACAUCGUUUGUUGCUCUGCAAGAUACUCCAAAGUGUUUGUGGGGAUACAGGCUUCGAUUUAUGUGUACUCCUUGGAAUGCAGCAAGUUGGAGCCAAAGAGAAACGCUGAAGCAAUCAUCCACACGGAGCCAGCAACAACCACUUCGACUCAUCGCCAAAACGCAACCAUGCUACACUUUCCACAUACAAUUAAUUACAUGAUCAUUGGUGAGUUCAAAAACCAGGAGACGCUGGCCAUGGGCUGUGACGAUGGCAGAGUACUGUUGUACACUGUUUGCGAGCUGGUAAAAUCGCUCAACCCCCAGAAUGCCGGCUCAAAUGUCAAACACAGCCCCAACUACGAGUUCACAGCAUCAUCUUCUGUAUGGGGCAUAGAUAUGUACAACAAUCUGGUGGUUGUCUCCGAUAACAGCCAGAGUAUUCAGUUGCAUGUAUUUGACGACGGGGGAAAGCACCAGAGCAUCCAGACCCAUCAAAUAUUGCACAAUGUCCCGUCUGUCAGCUUUAUCAGGGACGAGGACGAAAUAUACGUGAGCGCAGCAUCGAUCAGUGGGGAACUGGUUAUUUUCAAGUUCCCGAUGGUUUACAAUCAUGGUCCAAUGAAGGAAGGUCUUGGCGAUUUCGACAGAAUCCGGUUGAAAAGACCAUACGUUGUGAGCCGUGCGCUUUUAGGAGACAACGUAUGGACCACCACUUAUGUUGAUUCAAGUUGUUUCAAAGAGGUGGACUCAGUGGGGGAAUUGACCGGAGACGAGUGGAUGGCUGAAAACAUGAUAAUCAACGAGAUGCUCAACGAGAGCCGAAUUCUUGAUUGCGAGUCUGACGAAUGUUCGUCCAGCCAUGUUGGGCUGGCUUCAUGUUUCCACAACUUCUUUAUUCCGACCGUGGCUCUGGACAACAUGCACCCAGUGAUGCAGCCAAAGCCGUUUGCGUCAUUGUCUGACAACUAUCGGCGGAUCAAGAAGGUGUACGACGAAUAUUAUUUGACGAACCAGAGAUCGAAACAGAAAUCACACGUUUCUUUCAACUGCAAGAAAUACUGGCAGGAGAAGGCCGUUACGGCGCAAUUUUCAAACAAGUUUCUUCUCGUUUCAACGGCACUUCGACUGGGCCUGUUUCGUGCCGACAAGUUGAUCUGCAACGCGACAGCUUCGAAAGUGUUCCAAUUCAAGCCGUUCAACGAAGACUGGCUGCAUUCGAACCGAAUCUCGCUGAGUUUCGUGAUUCCCGACCUCAAUUGCUACGUUGCUGGCUCGCAAUCUGGUCUGGUGUCGGUUUUCCGUCUCACAACGUUCCGGGGCAUCUACGGGUUCCGCCAGGAAUUUGUGAUUCCAAACUACGAACGGUUGUGUCUGAGCGGAGACUUUGGCGUGCGUACCUUGAUUGGAAUCACGUCCCAAAGGCUCGACCGUUACAGAUAUAUGCUCUAUUUGGUGUAUAUCGAUGGGAUGUGCCUAAGUUACGAAUUGAGCAAUAACGCAAACAACCAGGGGCUAGAAGUCAGGUGGAUUAUGUAA